AUGGCGCUGGAGCGCAUCCUCGCCGACAUCCGCGCGCAGGCAGCGUCGCCCACAUGUCCGACCCGGUGCUCAUCCACGACAUCAAGUGCGUCGUCACCAUCCCAGUCAUGGCCAAGGCCCGCAUUGAGCACUUUGUGGAGGCCCGGAUCUUGGAGGCCAUCGGCGAGGCACAACUUCCGCGUCCUCUUCGUCUGCGGCUGCCGCGACCUUGGCGAGGCGCUCCGCCGCAUCCGCGAAGGCGCCGCCAUAAUCCGCACCAAGGGCGAGGCGCCGCUGACAUGGCCAACGCAGGGGAGGAAGGGGUGCGGGGAUGGAGAGAAAAGAGAUGAGAGAGCGGGUCCAAGUGUAUUUUAG